AUGCUGCAUACGAGCCAUCCUCAAGAAUUCGAGAAAUGGACUUCUAUGGGCCCGUCCGACACUCAGAUGCUCGGCCUGGACUCUAACUUCACGGAUGAGGAGUUAUACGGAAGCCAUCUGAGUCUCAACGGAUUUGAUCUGUCAUCGUCGCAAUUGCUGAGCCCGGAGCUUUGCUCAGAAUUCGACUUCGCAACAGGCGAGACGGGCUCGGGCCUCUACCAUCCCUCGCAACCGAUGGGUGUUGCUAAUGCUCUGAAUGUACCUCAAUUGGCGGACAAAAUAUCUUCAAUAUUCGGAGAAUCGUCGUUCAACACCGCCCCCGAUACCAAGCCCACCACCGCCGAUUUUUCUCUAGACGAUUUGCUCCGUUCGGCAUCCCAAUUAGCUACUGAACGCGCGCUCUACAUGAAUAUUCCCGCAAGUACACCUUCUCCGCGAGCAUCACACGACAGCCCCAGCUCGCGAUCGCACUUGGUCCAGUCGCCCCUUCUCGAUGACCCCUGCAGCUCACCGGGAAUGAGCCAACAGUCAUACAGUGGCAGUGAGGGGGAAUGGGACCGGGAAUACAAUCAAGGCGAGCUGGUCCAAUUCUAUGGACUAUCCGAUAUUGGCUUCCCCGACUCGGUCUCACUGCAUCACGCGCUCGACGAUGGACUGAUUCAACCUUCGUUUGAGGACCCACUGCCCACUCUCAGCAACUCACAAGGAAAUAGCAAAAGCCAGUCCAGGGAAAUUAGCUUCACCAUGGACUUGGAGGGAAAUGGGCUUACCCCGCUGGAAAUGCCGGAUGGAAGUACCCGUUUCACAGCCAACUGGCUCCCCGUGGACCCCGAAGGUGGAUUCACCAUCCGAGCACCACCCACCGCGCGCAAGCCUGAGCCCAACAGCCAUAGCAACCACCAGAUGACGCAGGACACCGGAGACUAUCUCUUCGCACGGAAUGCAUUCAUCUCAAUCCCGACGUCGACUACGCACCUGCGGAGCACCGCAGCAUCUGCACUGCACCCAGCCACUAGAUUGCGGGCCACCACCGACCGGGCCGCCCGAUUCGUCCACCCGACCAUUGCGCCGGUCGCAGCGGCGCCGGAGAAAUUCACGGACGUUGCGCCAAUCAUUGCCCUAGCUCCAAGCAAAACAAUCUCCCAGAGGGGACGCGAUACCCCUUAG